GCGAUUACACCCGAACACCUCUCAUUCGCACAACGACACCAAACGACACCGAACGUCGUCGGUGCGCACACACUGUCCAUCGCCAUCACAACAACAACAACAACGGAGGUCCGACCACCGGGCACAUAACAAAACCACCGCGGCCAAUCAUACCGUACCGAUGACGCGCCCGCCAACGGCGGUGCUAUUUCUGCUGUCGUGCGUCAUCCCGAUGUCGCCGUGGCCGGGGUUCACCGUGGUCAAGGGCACGUGGGUCGGCCACCCGGAAUCGCCGUUUGCAGACCGGAUGGCGCUGUUCGAGCACGUGCUGCUCAACGACGCCCGGUGGUCGCCGGUGCUCAAGCAGAUGGUUAAGCUGUCCGUGCUCAGUCUGCCGCGGUACCGCAUGACGGAAUCCUACAACGAAGUUUUGAAUCGGGUUCAGCUGGUGGACCCGAACGAUACACAGGACCAUACGGUCAUAUAUGUUAUACAGCAACUGAUGGAGAAGACCCCGUGGUCGGGCACCAACGCGAACUUCGCCGCGUACGCACUGAGCACCGGGGUUACGUGCUUCACGUACAACAACGUGUCGUUUGUGCUGUCACUGGUCGUCAACCGCAUUGGCAUGUUGGCGCGAAAAAUGAGGGAACCCGUUAAGAAUAAAGAAGACGACGGUAAGGACAAGAAGAAGGUCGACGAGAACGUGGCUGGCAAUAGCUCAGACAGCGAGGACGGCAAGCCCUCAGACAAGCCAUUAGACAAGGUCGACGACGCGAUGGACGACGUGCGCAUGACGUUGGCAGUGCUCGUGGACAAGGUGGCGGCCGUGGAAGGUGAGUUGGCCUUUUUUGCCACCAGUCUGUACGAUUACGACGGCGCGGAAAAAACCGACAACGACCUCAUUCUGCUCAGAAUUCUCGAGAUGAUUAAGGAAGAGGUAGACAUCAGGCUUGGACGGCACUGUCACCCCACCCCCCAUACGGAGAUAUACCAGUAUCUGGGCGAGUAUGAAAGUCUGAACAACUCUCCACCUCCGCCAGAAGAACUCACGCCCAACGAUGAAACGCUGGAAAACGAGCUGAUCGAGUUCGGGAAGAUCAUCGACUCCAUGAUAGACGUUUACGACGGGCUCGACGUCGAAACGAUGCCCAUGGAGACUUGGUUACAAAUUCUCGAUUACAGAUUACCGAUCAGCAUGGACAUCAAAUUCUACAUUGAUGGCAUGCUUAAAGUCCCGAUUAAACCUGAUGAAACGUGGUCGGACCGAUUAAAAGGCGCGACCAAAAAAGAAAAUAAUGAAGGAAAUGGUAAGAAAAAGAAGAAGAAGCAAAAAACUAAAAAUAAAAAUAAACAGAAAAAGCGAUGGAAGUAAACACUCCAAAUCUCAGAAAAUAUAAACCGAUGGGGCGUUGGAAAAUAUACGAAUAGAAAAUUAUUAUAUUAAUUUAAAUAUCCUGAGUGUGAUUAGCAUAUUAUACGCAUUUAUUAGUUAUGAUUUUUUAGUAACAACGUGGAUAACUCGAAUAUUUAUUUUUAUUAAAGUAAUCUAUACUCGAUACUGUGUCCAUAGAGUCUAUAUAUUACUAUAGUAUAAAAAAUAUAUUAAUCAUUACAUUUCACUGUGUAAGCGAACUAUAUUUUACCGAAAUAUAAUAGUGUCAGUGUCUCGAAUUUUAUUAUUUUAACUAUUCUUGUAUCACAAUAUUUUAUUUUAUCGAUUUAAUAAUAUAAUAAACAAUGUAGAAUAUCA